CAAACUCAACCUUUGGCAUUAACUCCAAGACCACAUCGAUCACGACUCGACUGUUCCAGAAAAUGGAAAUCAACGAACACACUGCCAUCUCCACUCCGACAUUGCUCUCCAAUUUUAGAUGACCCUUCAACAGACAACUUUAUUAAUGGAUUGCCCCCUGUUGCCGUGUCACCAGGGACUCAGUUUGCAGACUUUGAAAUAGCUGAGAUAUUGGGAAGUCGAAGAAAAGGAGAUAAACAAAGUGGGAAGACACCCGAACAGGACUUUGUGCUCGACGACCAAUUAAGUGUGAGCGAGCUCAGGUGUUCCAACCCCGGGAUAUGUUAA